AUGGAUCAAAAAAACCCUAACAAGAAAGCUCGUGUUCCAAACACCAUCCUUGGAUCUUUGAUAAGACAUCAUUACCCACAAAUUUUCCUGGACACCUCCCUGGUCCCACCAUCUUAUGAAGCAGCAUCAAAGUGGCGCCACUGGUACAUGAGGGGACCAGAUGCGGACCCUUCUGUUGAGUUGUGUGCAGAGAAGGUCAAGAAUGACUUCAUGGAGGAAACAUAUGGGAGGCCUUUUAGCCUGAUUGAGUCAUUCUCUGUGCAUAUGGGGGCAUCCAAGGAUGCUGUGGCACAAGGAGAGGGCAAUGAGCUGCCUCCUAUUCCUAAUGAACGUGCCCAAAAUCAUCUGGAUAACUAUGGUGAUGGUAUGAAAAACACUUAUGGACCUGAGGUUCAGUGGGUGAGGGGUCCCUUUGAUGCACAAGUUAUGUAUAACAACACAGGAAGAAAGCCUCAUGGGAAGUUUGCCAUUGCUGAUGGAGCUAUUGAUAGCUCUACCAUAAUAUUUUCCACCACUGCACAUCCAUCUCAGCCCCAAAGUGCCCAAAGUUCUACACAGAGAGUGGUACAGCUACAACAAGAGGUUCAAGAGCUAAAAAGACAGAGACAGGAGGAUCAAGGAACAUUACAUAAAGUGCUUCAAUACACUCAGCAGAUGUGUCAGUACAUGAUGCGUCAGGGACAGAGAAGCACACCUCCACCACAACUCAAUUUUGCUUCUUUAUUCUCCUCAUUUACUAAUGCUCAGGAUGGAACAUCAAAUUAUUCAAAUGAAUUCCAACAGCAGCCUGGAAGGAACCCUGGUAACACCCAACAUGAUGAUCCAAGCUCUUACGAGCAUAGAAGCAACAAUGAUGACAUGACUGACUGUGAGCGCAACGAGCUUCGAAUGUGGUUCGGGCCAAAUGUAUACGUGUCAUUGUGGCAUCAUUCUAUUAUGUUUCCAACAACUGAAGUCUAUCAUCAGCUUAGUUAUGAUCAUCAAAAGAUUGAGUCAGGCAUGUUUCUAGGUUACUAUCAUGCAGAGUCCAUGUUUUAG